UUUUGUCGUGAUGACUGCAUCCCAUUUUGACACUAGGUAUGGUUUUUUCCACCACAAGCUAGAAUGGCACUUACUCCAGAAAUUGUUUCGGCGAAGUUGGUGACCUUAAAUGAGACCCAGGAAAGCAUAACAGGAAUCGCACAUUGGGUUAUUUAUCACAAACGAUAUGCGAACGAAAUUAUUCAACUUUGGCUAGAAUCACUACGCGAAGCACCCUCUAAUAAAAAACUACUUUUAUUGUAUUUGAUUAAUGAAGUCGUCCAACAGUCUCGUGUGAAAAAAAUCACUGACUUAAUUGACGCUGUCGCGCCGUUCGUUGUCGAAGCUGUUUCACAAGCAUAUGCAAGUGUUCCCUCUACCAUCAAAACAAAGAUUAAAUACGUAUAUGAUGUUUGGUGCCAAAGAGCGAUAUUUUCAAAAAAAAUUCUAUCAGAUCUUCAAAAUAAAUUUAUGGAAGCCGAUUAUAAUCGCCUUGGUCAACCUUCAGCUGUCGAUCAGCCCGAAUGGUUGUCUCUUUCUAGGCGCUUCGUGGACGCAUCAAUUCAUGCAAAAUCUUCUGCGACAACCAAAAGCGCUGUUGAUGUCUUGUACAAGUCGUAUGAAGAAAAAUCAUCCGAUGACCCAGAGUUAAAUGAAAAGUUCAAAGCUCAACUUGUGAAUGCCGUAUCGUCUUGCGAAAGAACACACCGUCUCAGCGUUGAAUCUCGUCUGGCUUUAAUAUCCUCUUUAGAAACAUUGUUGGACAAUCAAAGACAGCAAGUACAGAGAGAGGAAGCAAACAUUUCAGAAUUGACAAGUAUACUUGCAGUCGUCGAAGGAAAAAACCCUUCUAUCAAUCAGAACCCUAUAGACACCAACAACUCAACAGAUCCCAGUUAUAACAGUGAUGAUGCAUAUUCUCCUGAAGUAGACUCUUAUUCUCCUCCUAUUGAUCAUGCUCCUUACUCAACUGAUCUUCAUCCGGUCGAGCCAUCCUUUUCUCCACUUCCUCCUUCAGUUGCUUCAACCCACAGCGAGAAAAACAAUAUCAGUGAAAAUCCGACAAAGGAAAGUGUGGAACAUCAACAGAAAGAACCAACAGACGAUUUUCAAAAUUUUCAAAAAGAGGGAUCAGCUUCCUCUGAAGAUUCUAUAGCUGCAGGACUUUAUCCUGACAAUUAAUAUUUAAUUUUUCUUCUAAUUUACCGACUUCUUAGUUUAUAGUCUCUUGUGAUAUAAAAC